UAUUCUUUCAGACUCCCCAUUCUUUCAGCUUUUCAUCUUGCUAUAAAACGAUCAAGACAUUUCCAUCUACCAUCCCCACUCCCGAAGACUCCAUCCCGAGUCUUCACAAGACGAACACAACCUCAAGCUGGCUUCGAUAUCAGGAACACCGCUUCUCGCACCCCAACCGAGUCAUUAUCCCAACCAGUCACCCUCGCCAUCUUCAGGGAUCAAAGCACAGGUUGAAGAGUCCACUCGAGGGCACGGCCAAGAUACCAACACCACUGGAACAACGCCAUCCAGUACGGUCAUUGAGCCCACUAAUCCGUCAAUACUUCGACAAAGGCGUGCCACCAACGUACCAGACGUACCAGACGCACCAGCGAGUAAGAGCCUGGACGGUACUGAGCUCGGAGUGGCUGAACACGACAGAUCAUUGACCCAGCCUUCACCGCCCGAAAAGCAGGACCUGAACAUGUUCCGGAGACAAGACCAGGGCAACGGAAUUCCCUUCUAUCAGUCUCGGGACGACUCCGAUGACAAAUACGGCAAGGCACCCAUGGGUGUCCACUCACAGCAAUCUAGGUUUCGUAUUCGGCGCAGGCUGGUGGUCGUCGUCGGAGGUCUUUUUGCAUUAUCCUUAGUGGCUUUACGACGGACGCUGUCGCCAGUCCAACGCCCCGGUGCCCCCCUUUCAUCAUCAAAAGAAAAUAUCGGAGGCCGCAUUAAGGCGCCUGCGUCGACUCCAGUGCUGUGGGAAGAGCGCAAGGACAGGGUCAAAGCGGCGUUCAAGCACUCCUGGGGUGCAUACCGCAGGGAUGCUUGGGGCAAGGAUGAAUAUCACCCUGUCUCAAAGACGGGAACAAAUAUGGUUAAGAAGGGACAAGGGUUCACGAUUGUCGACUCGUUGGAUACGAUCCUAGUGAUGGGUCUUAAAGAUGAGUUCGAGGAGGCCAGGGCAUGGGUCCGUGACGAACUGGACUUCAAUCAGGAGGGACAAGUCAACCUAUUUGAGACCACGAUUCGAGUGCUUGGUGGACUCCUGGCCGCAUAUGAUCAGUCGGGUCAUGACUCAAUCUUUUUGACCAAGGCUGUGGAUCUUGCGGAUCGCCUAAUGGGCGCGUUUAAAACUUCGAGCGGGAUCCCAUACGCAGAUGUACAUCUUCAGAGUGGGCGCGGUGUACCGGGACAUGAAGGCGGCAUCAGCACAACAUCGGAGGUAUCGACACUACAGCUGGAAUUCAAAUAUCUGUCGUAUCUCACAGGCGAUGACAAGUACUGGCGCGCGGCUGAGAAUGUGAUUCUAAAGAUGAGGGAGCUGGACAGUUUGGAUGGGUUGGUUCCUAUUUAUAUCAAUCCUUACAAUGGCAAGUUCCACGGAGAGGAGAUCCGACUUGGUUCACGCGGCGACAGCUAUUAUGAAUACUUGAUCAAGCAGUAUCUUCAGACGUCAAAGACAGAGUCGGUUUACAAGGAGAUGUACGACCAUGCCAUUUCUGGAGUCAAGAAGCACCUCAUCGGCAGGACCAUCCCGAACCAUUUGCUGUUCAUUGGCGAGAUUUUCAAGCACGCGCCCACGGCACUUAGCCCAAAGAUGGAUCAUCUUGUUUGCUUCUUGGGCGGAACAAUGGCUCUUUCCUCGACGGAAGGAAAGACGCUCAAUAACAAAGACUUUCCCCGAUCUGGAUUCACACGUCUGGAAGAGGAGGAUUUCAGGAUCGGAGAAGAGCUGACGGAGGCUUGCUACGAGAUGUACAAUCAGACAGAGACGGGAUUGGCGCCCGAGAUCGUUUAUUGGGUGCAGAACAAGGAUCAGAUUGUAGGCAAGAGUGAGCUGGAGCACACACCGGGAUCGGACUUUAUUAUCAACAACAGAGAUGGGCACAACUGGCUUCGACCCGAGACCGUCGAGAGUCUUUUCUACAUGUGGCGGUUUACUGGGGAUGAGAAGUAUCGGUAUUGGGGUUGGAAGAUCUUUGAGGCCAUAGAGACAUACAGCAAGGUCGCUUCUGGCGGAUAUAGUUCUAUCCAUGACAUUCGCCGCAAGAACAACAUUGCGUUCUCGGAUAAGAUGGAGACGUUCUUCUUGGCGGAGACGCUCAAGUAUUUGUAUCUGCUCUUUGGACCGAAUGAUGUCUUCCCGCUCGACAAAUAUGUUUUCAACACGGAAGCCCAUCCCUUACCGGUUUUCGUCCCACCUAAGGAUUUGCUGGAGAGGAUCCAUGCCAACAAGGAGGACGAUAAAAAGGAUAUGUUUGCAAAGGUAGCUGCGGAUGCCGAGGCACGGGCAGCGGGAAUAAUGGAUAAGCAUGCGUUGGAACAGAUAAACGUGCCAGGUCCAUCAGAGGAGCAGGUAACGACAGCGGAUGAAGUUGAUCAAGCGCUUAAAGAACUUGCAGUUGAGAAGGAGGGAGAGGAGGAUGGCGAGGUCGAGGGGAUUCCAGAGGUCGAGGUUGAGUAUGAGGAGCCCUUGGACGAAACUGUGAAUGGUGAAGACAGCGAGACAGGCGAGAAGGGGCCUUGA